AUGUCCCCUGGGGGUUGUUGGGUGGGGGGGGGGGUUGGGGGCGCAGUUAACCCCUGCUGUGCCACGCAGGAGGCGGAGGUGGAGCACCGGGUGGCGGAGAUGAAGCGUGAAGGCUUCUGGUCGUUGCGGCGUCUGCCUAAGGUCCCGGAGCCGGCCCGUCCCAAGGUCCACUGGGAUUAUCUCUGCGAGGAGAUGCAGUGGUUGGCCGCCGACUUUGCCCAGGAACGGCGCUGGAAGAGGGGUGUCGCCCGCAAGGUGGUGCGGAUGGUGAUGCGGCACCACGAGGAGCAGCGGCAGAAGGAGGAGCGGGCCAAGCGGGAGGAGCAGGCCAAGCUACGCCGGGUGGCCGCUGCCAUUGCCAAGGAGGUCAAGCAGUUCUGGAGCAACGUGGAGAAGGUGGUGCAGUUCAAGCAGCAGUCGCGGCUGGAAGAGAAGCGGAAGAAGGCCCUGGACCUGCAGCUGGACUUCAUCGUGGGCCAGACCGAGAAAUACUCGGACCUGCUGAGCCGAAGCCUCAACGCCCCCCGGGCCCCCCCCGGGGCGCCCCGUCGGGGUCCUCCCGCCCCCCACUCCCACCUCGCCCACCAAGAAGAUGGGGACAUGGAGCUGCAGGACGAGGAGGACGUCGCCGAGGGUCCCCCCCCCGAGGCGCGACGCCGGGAGCUGGAGCUGCUCAAGCGGGAGGGGGAGCUGCCCUUGGAGGAGCUGCUGGGCUCCCUGCCCCCCCAGGCGCUGCUGCGGAGGAACAAGCGGCCUUGGGAACCCCGCGAGGAGGACGAGGAGUUUGCGGCCGAGGAGGAGGAAGCCCCCAAGAAGGAGAUCACCGACAUCGCCGCCGCCGCCGAGAGCCUCCAGCCCAAGGGCUACACCUUGGCCACCACCCAGGUGAAGACCCCCAUUCCCCACCUGCUGCGGGGCACCCUACGGGAGUACCAGCACAUCGGACUGGACUGGUUGGUCACCAUGUACGAGAAGAAACUCAACGGGAUCUUGGCUGACGAGAUGGGGUUGGGCAAGACCAUCCAAACCAUCUCCCUCCUGGCUCACCUCGCCUGCGAGAAGGGUGAGGGGUGCCCCCCGCCCAUCCCUGGAGGGUCCCCAGUCUCUGCCGGGGCUUCGGGAGGCGCUCGGCGUUUUGGGUGGGAGCUGCUUGGGUACCGUUGGGUGCUGUGGGGUCUUCGCAGGGUGCUCCGCCCCUUCCUGCUCCGCCGGUUGAAGGUGGACGUGGAGAAGCAGAUGCCCAAGAAGUACGAGCACGUCCUCAAGUGCCGCCUCUCCAAGCGCCAGCGCUACCUCUACGAUGACUUCAUGGGCCAGGCCAGCACCAAGGCCACCCUGGCCAGCGGACAUUUCAUGAGCGUCAUCAACGUGCUGAUGCAGCUCCGCAAGGUUUGCAACCAUCCCGAUCUCUUCGAGCCCCGGCCCGUCCACUCGCCCUUCAUCACCGAAGGCAUUUGCUUCGUCACCGCCUCCCUCGUCCUCCGCGCCCUCGACCCCGACCCCUUCAAGCACGUGGACAUGGGGCUGUUCGACCUGGUGGCCCUGGAGGGCCGGGUGUCCCGCUACGCCGCCGACACCUUCCUGCCCCGCUGGCGGGUGACGCGUCGCCUGGUCGAGGACGUCGCCGCCGCCCCCGACCCCCCGCCGCGCCCCAAACCUGUCCGCAUGAAAGUCAACCGGUGA